AUGAUAACCGCAAGCCGAGCCUCGUCAGUCGAGCGGCAUAGCGCCUUUUACGACUAUGUGAUUCGCAAAAAACGAGGUGCAUCUUAUGUAGAUGGAGCAGAAGGAGCCGGUGGAUUCCUGGGCGAAUUCCCUGAUCCUGUGUGCCAAUGCGCUGCCAAAGCGGCUUCAUGUCCUGCGGGACCACCUGGACCUCCUGGAUAUGCGGGAAUACCGGGAGAAGAUGGUAUACCUGGAGAACCUGGACAACCUGGCAAUCCUGGUCAAGCCACACUCGGAAUUCAUGAAGCCGGAUGUAUUCAGUGCCCAGCCGGAUCUCCUGGGCCACAAGGACCAGAUGGAGAACCUGGACCAGCUGGCGUCCCGGGACUUCCUGGAGAAGAUGGGCUGGAAAGCUUAGGCGGACCAGCAGGGCCUCCUGGUCGACCAGGGCCACGUGGUACCAAUGGGAAACGCGGCAAUCCAGGGCAAGAUGGAGAGCCCGGCGCACCAGGAACUCGAUCAACCAGCUAUCCGGGACCAGAAGGCGAUCCAGGGCCACAAGGACCACCUGGUCCAAAUGGUGAGGAUGGCGAUAGUGAUGGAAAUGGAGCACCUGGACCAGCAGGACCACCCGGACGACCUGGCAGACCUGGCACGGCAGGAAGACCAGGAGCUCCAGGUCAAGCAGGCUCUAAUGGAGGACCUGGAUCAGACGCUACGUACUGUCCAUGUCCAGCGAGAAGUGAAGGUCGAUUCUGGACAGAAGACGAUGAACCCGAAAGUGUUGCCAAAAGACGACGUGGUCGUGUACAAAAGUCAUAA